AUGAGCCUUCGUCCGAUCGUGUGCCCGUCGAUUCUCAACGCCGAUCUUGGCAAUUUGGCGUCGGAAUGCAAAAAAUUGAUGGCUGCUGGAGCUGAUUGGCUUCAUCUCGAUGUCAUGGAUGGCCAUUUUGUGCCGAAUCUCACAUUCGGACAUCCCGUUGUUGAAUGUUUAAGGAAAUCGUUGGGUCCUGAGCCGUUUUUCGAUGUUCAUUUGAUGGUCUCAAAUCCUGGCCAAUGGAUUGAGCCGAUGGCAAAAGCUGGAGCAAAUCAAUUCACAUUUCACUACGAGGCCGCCAAUGGGGAGGCGGACGUCGAGAAAUUGAUCGAAAAUAUUCGCUCGAAUGGAAUGAAAGUUGGACUGUCUGUGAAGCCGGCGACGCCCGUUGACAACAUUUUGAGGUAUGCCUCGAAAAUCGACACGGCGCUCAUAAUGACCGUCGAGCCGGGAUUCGGCGGCCAGAAGUUCAUGGAGAGCAUGAUGGAAAAAGUGCGAGCGAUUCGCGCGGCGCAUCCGAAGUUGAAUAUUCAAGUUGACGGCGGCGUGACGCCGGAAAAUGUCGGGAUAUCGGCAACUGCUGGCGCGAAUGUCGUCGUCAGCGGCACCGGAAUCAUCAAAGCGUUGGAUCAGAAGGAAGCGAUGUCGCGAAUCCGAGCGUCGUUGGCGUCGGCGAUUUCGGCGAGCGCUUAG